CGCAAGCGCAACAAGGAAGGAAACACUUCGCCAAAAGGACCGUGGAAACAGGCCUGCUGCGGACAUCGUGACAAUUUUAUAGCGACCCACCACUUAACUCUUCGGAACAUAUCAAGAACGUAGACACAGUACUGGUUUAGAUCAAGUGUUUGUUCUCACCAGCGAACAUGCCCAAGAAUAAAGGUAAGGGAGGUAAGAACCGUCGACGUGGUAAGAAUGAGAAUGAGUCUGAAAAGAGAGAGCUGGUGUUCAAGGAGGACGGCCAGGAGUACGCCCAGGUGAUCAAGAUGUUGGGCAAUGGACGGCUGGAGGCCAUGUGCUUUGACGGUGUUAAACGUCUCUGCCACAUCCGGGGGAAGCUGCGGAAAAAGGUUUGGAUAAACACGUCCGAUAUCAUAUUGGUGGGACUGAGAGAUUAUCAGGACAACAAAGCUGAUGUCAUUCUGAAGUAUAAUGCAGAUGAGGCCAGGAGCCUGAAAGCCUACGGAGAGCUUCCUGAGCACGCUAAAAUUAAUGAGACGGAUACCUUCGGACCUGGAGAUGAUGAUGAAAUUCAGUUUGAUGACAUUGGGGAUGACGAUGAGGACAUUGAUGAUAUUUAAGCUUGGCCCCGUUAUUUGCUAAGAGGAAGUUGGUGGGACUCCUUUAUCUCUGCAAGACAGGACUGCGCCCGGUUGACUCCCACGCAUGAGCUGGAGUCUUUGUUCUGUCCCCCAUACAAGAUGGCUCAAAAAUAAAUUCCUGUCACUGGUAACACAGAAUCAUUCUUUCAACAUUUUUGUUGUUUUAUUGUAUUUAUAUUUUAUUUCACUUCAUGUGAAAUUUAGUGUCAAAUGCAGACUACCUGAAUAAUAAAAAGUUAAAACAGUU